GCCGCGCCCCCAGCGCGCCGGGUCGGAGCCGGUGCGGGAGCGGAGGCGCGCGGAGCCGGCAGAGCACGCGGGAGCGCGGUCCCGCAGCGGCCCGGCCAAGGAGCUGCGCGCAGGAAACCGAACAGCGCGACGACACCCGCCCAGCGCGGACCCGCCCAGAGACCUCGGCCCCAGAGCACAGACCCCAGCCCCAGAGCGCACACCCGGCCCCGGAGCGCGGCCUCGCCCGCCCCGGCCGCCCGGCCGCGGGCAUGGACGGCGCCCGCUCGCCCUGUGAGUGCCGACCCCCGCCCGCCGCCUUUGUGUGCGCGCCGCGCCGCCGCAGCCCCCUCCCUGCGCCCCUCCCGCGUCCUUUGUGGAGCCGCCGCCUGGCCGGUGCCUCCCCCCGCUUCGGGCCUCCCUGUCCCCUACGCUGCCACCCCCAGGACAGCCUAGCGGGGUCCUUCCCGAGCCGGGGCUGGGCAGGGCGCAGGCCCUCUCCCCGCGGCCCCCAGGUUCCUUCUGCAGCCCCGGGGGGACUCCCCAGCAGGUCCUUCCCGGGGUCCCUGGGACAGCCCAGGGAAGGCCCUCUCCGGGGCCGCAGCUGAGCCCGGCACGGCCCCCUCCCGACCCGAACCUCCCGGAUCCUUUCUGUAGCCUCCGCCUCGGGCCCCCAGGGACUGGCGGCCCGGGAGGUCCCUCCGCGGCAGGGCUGGGCAGGGCGCGGACCGGCGGCGCUGUCUCAUCCGCGCCGGGCAGGUGCGGCAGGGCGGGCGCUCACGCGGGCCCGUGCGUCCUUGGCCCGCAGAGAUGGACGGCGAUGGCGGCCGAGGCGCCCCCGGCGCGCUGACGGAGGCCGGGCUCCGGGGGCCAGCGGGCAUGGCGGAGCCGCGGGCGCGGGCGGCGCGGCCCGGGCCGCAGCGCUUCCUGCGGCGCAGCGUGGUGGAGUCGGACCAGGAGGAGCCGCCGGGCCUGGAAGCGGCCGAGGCGCCGAGCGCGCAGCCCCCGCAGCCCCUGCAGCGCCGGGUGCUUCUGCUCUGCAAGACUCGCCGCCUCAUUGCCGAGCGCGCCCGCGGCCGCCCCUCCGCCCCCGCGGCCGCCGUGCCGCCCGGAACCCUCAGCGGCCCCGGCGCCCCCACGGACCCCGGGCCCGAGCCAGAGCGCGCGCAGCAGCCUGGUCCGGACCCCGCCGCGGCCGCGCCUGCUGCCGAGCGGGCCCCGGACGGCGGCCCCCGGGAGGAGCAGGGGGCGGCCGCUGUGGGGCAGGCAGGGCAGGAGGACGCGGGGGUGGCCGAGGCCAAGCCGGACCCGGGGGAGCCCGGGCGCGCCCGCCGGGAGGAACCCGGGGAGGAGGAGGACGACGAGGACGACCUCAAGGCCGUGGCCACCUCCCUGGACGGCCGCUUCCUGAAGUUUGACAUCGAGCUGGGCCGCGGCUCCUUCAAGACGGUCUACAAGGGGCUGGACACGGAGACCUGGGUGGAGGUGGCCUGGUGCGAGCUGCAGGACCGGAAGCUCACCAAGCUGGAGCGGCAGCGCUUCAAGGAGGAGGCAGAGAUGCUGAAAGGCCUGCAGCACCCCAACAUCGUGCGCUUCUACGACUUCUGGGAGUCCAGUGCCAAGGGCAAGCGGUGCAUCGUGCUGGUGACCGAGCUGAUGACCUCGGGAACGCUGAAGACGUACCUGAAGCGGUUCAAGGUGAUGAAGCCCAAGGUGCUGCGCAGCUGGUGCCGGCAGAUCCUGAAGGGCCUGCUGUUCCUGCACACGCGGACGCCGCCCAUCAUCCACCGGGACCUGAAGUGUGACAACAUCUUCAUCACCGGGCCCACCGGCUCUGUGAAGAUCGGCGACUUGGGCCUGGCCACCCUCAAGAGAGCGUCGUUCGCCAAAAGCGUCAUAGGUACCCCUGAGUUCAUGGCGCCCGAGAUGUACGAGGAGCACUACGACGAGUCCGUGGACGUCUAUGCCUUCGGGAUGUGCAUGCUGGAGAUGGCCACCUCGGAGUACCCCUACUCAGAGUGCCAGAACGCCGCCCAGAUCUACCGAAAGGUCACCUGUGGCAUCAAGCCAGCCAGCUUUGAGAAAGUGCAUGAUCCCGAAAUCAAGGAGAUUAUUGGAGAGUGCAUCUGCAAAAACAAGGAGGAAAGGUAUGAGAUCAAGGACCUGCUGAGUCACGCUUUCUUUGCGGAGGACACGGGCGUGAGAGUGGAGCUGGCCGAGGAGGACCACGGCCGGAAGUCCACCAUCGCGCUGCGGCUGUGGGUGGAAGACCCCAAGAAGCUGAAGGGCAAGCCCAAGGACAAUGGCGCCAUAGAGUUCACCUUCGACCUGGAGAAGGAGACCCCCGACGAGGUGGCCCAGGAAAUGAUCGAGUCUGGCUUCUUCCACGAGAGCGAUGUGAAGAUCGUGGCCAAGUCCAUCCGGGACCGUGUGGCAUUGAUCCAGUGGCGGCGAGAAAGGAUCUGGCCUGCGUUGCAGCCCAAGGAGCCACGGGACGCAGGCAGCCCCGACAAGGCCAAGGCGCCAGCGGCACCCCUGCAGGUCCAGGUGACCUAUCAUGCACAGGCGGGGCCACCAGGGCCCGAGGAGUCAGAGGCCGACCAGCACCUCGUGCCCCCCACGCUGCCGGCCAGCGCCACCUCCCUGGCCUCGGACAGCACCUUCGACAGCGGCCAGGGCUCCACGGUGUACUCAGACUCGCAGAGCAGCCAGCAGAGCGUGGUGCUCGGCUCCCUCGUGGACGCAGCGCCCCUGGCCCCCUGCGUGUGCAGCCCCCCGGUGAGCGAGGGACCCGGCCUCCCACACAGCCUGCCCUCACUGGGACCCUUCCAGCAGCCCGCCGCCACGCCCGGCCUGUCAGUGGGCCCCAUCCCAGCCCCUGCGCACCCUCAGCUCCUGCAGCAUUUCCCGGAGCCAGCGAUGAGCUUCACGCCCGGGCUGCCGCCAUCCAGUGCCCCGGUGCCCACGGCCCCCAGCCAGCAGGUGCCCCCUGGCCAGCAGCCUCCCCCGCUGGCCCAGCCGACGCCCCUGCCGCAGGUCCUGGCCCCACAGACGGUGGGCCCUCUCCAGCCAGUGGCUUCCCACCUGCCUCCGUACCUGGCUCCGACCUCCCAGGUGGUGGCUCCUGCUCAACUAAAGCCCCUCCAGAUGCCCCCGCCGGCCCUGCAGCCGCUCGCUCAAGUCCCUCAGCAGAUGCCUCCGAUGCCCGUCGUGCCUCCCAUCACGCCCCUGGCGGGGAUCGACAGCCUCCCACCGGCCCUCGCCGACCUGCCGGCAGCAAAUGUGGCGCCUGUGCCCCCAGCGCAGUAUUUCUCUCCCGCGGUGAUCUUGCCCAGCCUCACCACCCCGAUGCCCGCAUCCCCGGCUCUGCCUCUGCAGGCGGUCAAGCUGCCCCACCCCCCUGGGGCACCUCUGGCCGUGCCCUGCCGCACCAUCGUGCCAAACGCGCCAGCUGCCAUCCCGCUGCUGGCCAUGGCCCCGCAGGGUGUGGCUGCCCUGUCUCUCCACCCUGCGGUGGCCCAGCUCCCAGCCCAGCUCCCAGCUCCCCCAGUGUACCCGGCGGCGGCCUUCCCACAGAUGGCGCCCACGGACAUCCCGCCAUCUCCACACCACGCGGUGCCAGGCGUGCGGGCCGCCCCUCCACAGCCGGUGCCAUCCGUGCCUCCUCAGCCACUCCAGCCCGGCAUGGUCCACUUGCCUGAUCAGGCUCCAGCCGCUGCACCUGGGAGCCAGGUCCUGCUGGGCCACCCGCCUCCAUACCCCAUAGACGUUGCCACCCCAGUCCCCGCCGUGCCCGUGACGCCUGCUGCAGUCCUGUCUCCGCCGCUGCCAGAUGUGCGACCGCCUGCUGGCCCCGAGCUCCUGCCUCAGUUCCCCAGCUCCCUGGCCCCCAUGGUGGUGGCGGUCUCUCAGAGCGUGCCCACCCAGACCGCCACGCUGCUGCCGCCAGCAAACGCAUCGCUACCCAGCGGGCCUGUGAUUGCUAGCCCCUGCCCGGCCGUCCAGCUGACGGUGGAGCCGGCUCAAGAGGAGCAGGCCUUGCAGGACAAGCCGCCUGGCCUCCCGCCGAGCUGUGAGAGCUGCGGAGGCUCAGACGUCCCUUCCGGGAAAGAGCUGAGUGACGGCUGUGAAGGCGCCUUUGGCGGGGGCAGGCUGGAGGCCCGCGCGUCCCGGAGGCACCACCGCAGGUCCACACGUGCCCGCUCCCGGCAGGAGAGGGCCAGCCGGCCCCGACUGACCAUCCUGAACGUGUGCAACACGGGGGACAAAAUGGUGGAAUGCCAGCUGGAAACACACAACCGCAAGAUGGUGACUUUCAAGUUCGACCUGGACGGAGAUGCGCCCGACGAGAUCGCCACUUACAUGGUGGAGCACGGCUUCAUUCUGCCCGCCGAGCGCGACACGUUCAUUGAGCAGAUGAAGGAAGUGAUGGACAAGGCGGAGGACUUGCUCAGCGAGGACACGGACGCCGACCGUGGCUCUGACCCCGGCACCAGCCCACCACACCUGGGCACCUGUGUCCUGGGUGCAGGCGAGGAAAGUGGGCAGUCCCAGGCGAACGCCCCCGUGUAUCAGCAGAAUGUCCUGCACACAGGGAAGCGGUGGUUUAUCAUCUGUCCCGUGGCUGAGCACCCCCCGGCCGAUGCCCUCGAGUCAUCGCCUCCGCUGCCUCCGAGCUCCCUGCCGCCUGAAGCCAGCCAAGAUCCAGCACCUUGUGCCGACCAGCCACCCUUGAAGGAAGCACCCAGCUUCCUAGCUGGUCAGCAGCUCCCGAGCCAGGCAGGCCUCAGUGACUCUCCGGGUGGGACUGCAGCCCCCUUGGCGCCAUCCUACCCUCCUGGGACUGCUGCCCCCCAAGACGCAGCAGCAGCAGCCGCCAGCGCCGUGCCAGAGCCAGCGUUAGUGCCAGGGCCUGCCGUGCAGGCAGGAGGCCCAGGGGCCCCUCAGGGGCCAGCUAGGGAGUGUGAGGUCCCCCCAGUGCUCUCAGAGACUCACGAUGUCCAGCUGACUGUGCAGCCCCUCGGCGUGGGCCAGGGACCCGGUGACCCAGCCCCAGAGGCCCCCCGCUACCCCACAGGUCUGGUGGAAACCGCCCCAGCCAGGGAGGCCAGUACCCCAGCGGAGUCCUUGCUGGCCCUGGCGCCCGAGCCCAGCCCACCUGGCAGGGCCCUGCAGCCUGCCCUAGGCCACCCACCACCCCCACUCCCCUCCGCGGUAGGGGCCAUCAGCUUGGCCCCCUCCCAGCUCCCCAGUCCUCCACUGGGGCCCGCUGCCCCUCCACCACCGCCCUCAGCCCUGGAGUCAGAUGGGGAAGGGCCGCCCCCCAGGGUGGGCUUUGUGGACAGUACCAUCAAGAGUCUGGAUGAGAAGCUGCGGACCCUGCUCUACCAGGAGCACGUGCCUACCUCCUCGGCCUCGGCCGGGACCCCUGGGGAGGCGAGCGACAGAGACUUCACACUAGAAUCUUUGAGAGGAGACCAGCACCAUGCCGAGGCCUGCGGAGCGGAUGCAGCCCUGACCCCAGCACCCAGCAUUGCGGCCCUGGGGCCCACCCAGGUGCCCCAGCCCUCGCUGGAGAAGUCGGAGACAGCCCCUGUGCCAGGGGUCGAGACGGAGCAGGAGCGAGAGCAAGGUGCAUCUUCGCCAACAACAGCAGAGUCAACCUCCAGCAACACGCUGGGCUGCGACAGUGAUGGGGGGCAGGUGGCCUCAGACUCCCCCGUGGCGCCCGGGGCCACCCAGGACGCCCCUGCACGCAUGGAGCCCCCAGACCGGAAGAGCGGGGUCCCCAGGGAAGCCUUGGCAGAGCUGGCCCAGAGCUGCCCGGGGGCAGUCACAGACAGCAGCCAGCCCAGCCACCACCUGGCACAUGGUGCCCGGCUCUCGGGCUCCCCUCCGAAGUGGCUCGGACAGCCGGACAGGGACUCACCUGCCAGAACUGUGGGCCGCUUCUCGGUGGUCAGCACACAGGACGAGUGGACACUGGCCUCCCCACACAACCUGCGGUACUCGGCCCCACCCGACGUCUACCUGGACGAGGCUCCCUCCAGCCCAGACGUGAAGCUGGCGGUGCGACGGGCGCAGACGGCCUCCUCCAUCGAGGUGGGCGUUGGCGAGCCCGCGUCCAGUGACUCUGGGGACGAGUGUCUGCAAGGGAGACCCCCAGUGCAGAAGCAGGCCUCCCUGCCCGGCAGCGGCACAGCCAGUGACUUGGUGAAGAAGGCCACGGCCUUCCUGCACAGGUCCUCGAGGGCUGGCUCCCUGGGGCCUGAAACGCCCAGCAGGGCGGGCGUGAAGGUCCCCACCAUCAGCGUCACCUCCUUCCACUCCCAGUCAUCCUACAUAAGCAGCGACAACGACUCAGAGUUCGAGGACGCCGACAUCAAGAGGGAGCUGCGGAGUCUGCGGGAGAAGCACCUCAAGGAGAUCUCGGAGCUGCAGAGCCAGCAGAAGCAGGAGAUCGAGGCCCUGUACCGCCGCCUGGGCAAACCCCUGCCACCCAGCGUGGGCUUCUUCCACACGGCGCCCCCCACCGGCCGCCGGAGGAAACCCAGCAAGAGCAAGCUGAAGGCGGGCAGGCUCCUGAACCCCCUGGUGCAGCAGCUCAAGGUCGUGGCCUCCAGCACAGGUCACUUGUCUGACUCCAGCAGAGGCCCUCCCGCUAAGGACCCUGCCCACACCAGCACGCCCCUGUGCGCCAAGGCAGUUCAGACCCAGCAGCCCUGCUCUGUUCGCGCCUCCCUGUCCACGGACAUCUGCUCCGGCUUAGCCAAUGACGGAGGCGGAGCGCGUGGCCAAGGCUGGACGGUUUACCACCCAACGUCUGAGAGAGGGGCCUAUAAGUCUAGUAGCAAGCCUCGCGCUCGAUUCCUCACUGGACCCGUAUCUGUGUCCAUCUGGUCAGCCCUGAAGCGUCUCUGCCUAGGCAAAGAACACAGCAGUAGGUCCUCCACCAGCAGCCUGGCCCCGGGCCCCGAGCCAGGCACCCAGCCCACCCUGCACGUCCAGGCGCAGGUGAACAACAGCAACAACAAGAAGGGGACAUUCACAGAUGACCUGCACAAGCUGGUGGACGAGUGGACGAGCAGGACGGCGGGGGCCACGCAGCUGAAGCCCACACUCAACCAGCUGAAGCAGACGCAGAAGCUGCAGGACAUGGAGGCCCAGGCCGGCUGGGGGUCCGCCCCCAGCGAGGUGAGAGCUAUGCCAACAGCUCGAGCAGGAAUGGGGAUGCCAUGUCUGGCCCCAGUGCCCGGCCCUCUGUGCACCGCAGCCAUUCCCGGAGCCACCCCAGCCCUCCCUGUGCCCACACCAGGUACUGCCUGCUCCAGCAUCCCCACCUUGCCCUGUGCACUGCCUCUGGGUCAGUAUGGAGGCCUGAUUCCAGUGCCUGUGUCAUGGGGGCCCUGGGCAGCCCAGAGGGGCCCACCCAUGUUGCCAGCGUUCCUGUGGCCACCCGUGGUCAGUGCACCUGCCUCCCGGCUCCACAUCACAUAGCCUUCUGCCCUGCCGCUGGCUGGAGGGAACAUACUGAACUGUGCAGGGGAAGUGGGUUGUGCUUUGGCCCCUGUGUCCUUCCCUUCCACCAUGGGCACAGGGCCCAGCCACGAGGGCGCAGCAU